UAAAUAUUCGUCGUUUUUGACACUCUUCAGUCGGAAAUAUUGUUUCAACUAUCAUGAUAAUAAAUUUGCUUUUUCGGACCAUUUUCAUAUUGCAAUUGUUAUUUACUUGCAAAGGCUCUAUCCGGAAAAGGAUUUUAGUAGAUGACAACUUCUAUACUUUGGUUAACAAGCUAGAUGCACUGGAGAAAGAAGUCGCUACACUAAAGGCAAAUGCUGCCAACAAUAACACAAUACAAGCACUAAAGCAGGAUGUAGCAUUGCUUAAAAUGCAACAAGCCAAGCAGACAAAUACUGUGGCGUUUAUGGCAUAUUUGACGACCCACGAACGCGGCACAAAUCACCACAUCCUCUUUGAUGACGUGAAAACCAAUAUUGGCAACGCAUAUAACCCUCGUCAUGGUGUUUUUAUAGCCCCUGUUGAUGGACUUUACCAGUUUUCUGUCACUGCAUGUUCAGUAUCCCAGCACUAUAUCGUGCUAGAACUAAAUGUGAAGGACACAGUCCUCGGAAAAGUCAUUGCUGGCAACGGAUGGGCAGCAGCUUGCAAUUCAAAAGUUUUCCUUGUUCAGCUUGCCCAAGGAGACGAUGUCUUUGUCACGCAUACAACAACUGGAGAGUGGCUGUAUGCGAAUGCUGCCUACGGUGUACCUAAUUUUACUGGCCUUCUUAUCAAAGAAACAUAGGUGCUCCUUCCUUUGACCGAAGAAACUUGAUUACUUUAAUCAAGUUUAAAAUGUUGCAAAAGAAUGACACCGCAACACCUGCCAUGUACGAAUAUGCUAGAUUUUUGCUUACAUCGAAUACAUUUGCUAUUUCUAUCAUAUUUGUUUUAUUAUAUUAUUUAUAGCUUAUAUACAUGUAUAUACUUUACAAAAUAUUUGACUUAGUUUAUAGUUUAUACUAAUUACUUUAUAUUUAUUUAUUUAACACGAUUGUGAUGAAAGCUUCAAGCUUAUUGUAGCCACUCUCGAGUCCGCUUCAUGGAAAAACCAGUACUGGUGUCAUAUGAGAAGUCAUGUCGUGACCCCAGCGGGGCUCGAACCCACAACUAAUGCAUUGAGCGGCCGGCACCUUAUUUACUAGACCACCACUCCCCUAAUUUGACUUAAUGAACAUUUUUUCGCGAUCAAAACGAUUGACAGAGGAGCACAAAAAUAAAUAGAACACUUAUAUAGUAACAUUAUAAACACAUUUUAUACAGAAAAAUCGUGUUUACAUAUGUGACAAGCCAUGACAAAAUGGUCCCAAAUGAUAUUUUAUGGAUUUAUUUCACAUAUUCUAAACUGUAGAUGUGUACUUAACAUAAAAUUAUGAAAAAGUAUUAACUACAGAUGUCACACUUGACAACUAUUCCAGUUUUAUGUUUCGUUACAAAUAUUGAUGCUAAGACUGCAACUGUCUUACCGUUUUUAUUAGCCUGUACCUACCGGUUAAAUUGAUCAUCCUCACUGCAAGUCUGUAGCUGAAG